AGUUUAAGCUCUGAUUUUCAAAUCAAUAUUGUUUCAAUCUUCGUUUAGAACAUAACGUUAUUAACCGAGCGAUCCGUGUUAAUCUAUUGUUGUCUCAUAUAGCACAAAAAAAACUAUUCUGAAUUUAAUCACUUCGUUUUUAUAAAAUCAAUAAUUUUGAAAAUUUUUUCUUAAAGUUCAUCAAAGUUUCAAAAUGGCCCUAUCGAAAAUCGAUACUGAAAUGGAUCAAGAGAAAUAUUUACGCGAAUGUACUCAUCAUUUUCGCGGCAUAGAGAAACCUUUAAAAUAUGGUCCCACCAUAGAGACUCUUAAUGAUUUGAUUGCCGCUUUGCAUAAGGAAUUCUCCACAAAUUAUGUGAAUAUCGAAAUGGUCAAUCACAUUAUGUUGUCCUAUAAAUCAAAUCCCAAAGAAUGGCAAAAGUUUGCCAAAUUCGAUCGUUAUAAAUACACCAGAAAUCUGGUGGAUGCUGGUAAUGGUAAAUUUAAUUUAAUGAUUUUAUGCUGGGGUGAAGGUCACAGCUCGACUAUACACGAUCAUGCUGAUAGUCAUUGUUUUAUGAAAAUGCUUAAGGGAGAUUUGAUGGAGACCCGUUACUCUUGGCCCGAAACGGAAAAGCAACAACAAGAGCUUGAGCAACAGGGCGAAGAAUUUGAAAAUCAUGAUGCUUUACAGGUGUUGGGUCAAAGAACCAUGGGUCUUAAUGAUGUGGCCUAUAUUAAUGAUAACUUGGGUCUACAUCGUGUUGAAAACCCCAGCCAUUCUGAUACUGCAGUUUCUUUGCAUUUAUAUUGUCCUCCUUUCGAGACUUGUUCCAUGUUCGAGAAAUCUACCGGUAAACGUUUACAAUGUACCGUUACUUUCUGGAGUAAAUAUGGCCAAAAGAUAAAUCAGCACUAGUGUGUCGUCUACUAACACCCUUUUCUUGGUCGUGCAUUUACUAUUUUCCACUCCACCCCCUAAAAAAAGACUUAAUAUUCGUACAUGAUUUGUUUUUUUAAUUGUAUAUUAAAUAUUUUAUAAAUAUUGUGUUUUUUAUUUCUUCUUCUAAGUUUAAUAUGUUUGAAUAUUUAAGUUUAAUUAGUUAAUAAGUUUAUUUUUUACCAAAAAAAAGACAAAACAAAUUGUUUAAGAAAUAAAUAUUAAGAAUAAAUAAUUACAAAUUGGAA